UUACAGCAAAAAGUCUCGUGCGCUGAGCUGCUCGCCCAGUUAAUGCUACUACUACUACUGGUUGUUGUUUGUUUGUUUGUUUGUUUUGACAGGAUGGGGCGGAAAGUGACAUUAGCGACUUGUUCUCUGAACCAAUGGGCUUUAGAUUUUGAUGGCAAUUUACAAAGAAUACUAAAAAGUAUUGUGACAGCAAAAUCUAAAGGUGCCAAGUACAGACUGGGACCAGAACUGGAAAUCUGUGGCUACGGAUGUGCUGAUCACUUCUAUGAAUCCGACACACUUCUGCACUGCUUCCAAGUCCUCAAGGCGCUGCUGGAGUCCCCUGAGACGCAGGAUAUAAUCUGCAAUGUUGGCAUGCCUGUUAUGCAUCACAAUGUUCGCUAUAAUUGCAGAGUCCUGUUCCUGAACAAGAAGAUUUUACUGAUCCGGCCUAAAAUGCUUUUGGCAAAUUAUGGCAACUACAGAGAAUUUCGCUGGUUUUCUCCUUGGAGUAAGCCCAGAUGUGUUGAAGAGUACUUUUUGCCAAGAAUGAUCCAGGAUGUGACAGAACAGGUGACAGUUCCAUUUGGCGACGCAGUCCUGUCCACUAAGGACACGUGUAUAGGGAGUGAGUUCUGUGCUGAACUGUGGAACCCCAGGAGUCCUCAUGUGGACAUGGGUUUGGAUGGCAUUGAGAUCUUUACGAACUCGUCUGCCAGCUAUCAUGAGCUACGCAAAGCUGACCAGAGGGUGAACUUGGUCAAGUCAGCCACCACAAAGAGUGGAGGGAUCUAUCUGAUGGCUAAUCAGAAAGGCUGUGAUGGAGAUCGUCUGUACUACGAUGGCUGCGCUAUGAUUGCCAUCAACGGAGACAUCGUCGCUCAGGGGGCACAGUUUUCACUUGAUGAUGUGGAAGUUCUCACAGCCACUCUCGACCUCGAGGAUGUACGCAGCUACAGAGGAGAGAGAUGUCACCCGCACGUGGAUUACGAGCACAAACCAUACGAAAGGAUCAAGGUGGAAUUUUCAUUGUCUGACAGCAGAGACACCUUCUUGCCCACUCACCAGCCUGUCGACUGGAUCUUUCACACUCCUGAGGAGGAGAUUAGUCUUGGUCCUGCAUGCUGGCUAUGGGACUAUUUAAGAAGGAGUGGUCAGGCUGGUUUCCUGCUUCCUCUCAGUGGUGGAGCUGACAGCGCCUCCUCCGCCUGCAUUGUCUACUCCAUGUGUGUACUCGUCUGUCAGGCAGUCAAAGAUGGCAAUGCUCGGGUGUUGGAAGAUGUCCAGCAGGUGGUGAGGUCUGCCUCCUACAGGCCUGAAGACCCUCGAGAGUUGUGUGGACGCCUCUUCACCACCUGUUACAUGGGAAGUGUAAAUUCUUCAGAGGACACUAACAACCGAGCGAAAGAGUUGGCUGCUCAAAUCGGCAGCAAUCAUCUCAAUAUCAACAUUGACACGGCAGUGAAAGGCUUGCUGGGAAUCUUCUCCAUGGUGAUGGGCAAGUGGCCUAAUUUUCGGGCAAAUGGAGGGAGCAGCAGAGAGAACCUGGCUAUGCAGAAUGUACAGGGUCAUGUCAGGAUGGUUUUGGCUUACCUCUUUGCCCAGCUGUAUCUGUGGGCUCAAGGGAAACCUGGAGGUCUGCUCAUGCUUGGCUCAGCCAACAUGGAUGAGAGUUUGACCGGCUACAUAACUAAAUACGACUGCUCCAGUGCCGAUAUAAAUCCCAUCGGAGGUGUUAGUAAGAUGGAUCUGAAGAACUUCCUGCUUUACUGUUCUGAGCACUUUCAGUUCUCAGCUCUUAAAAGCAUCUUGGCUGCUCCUCCCACUGCAGAGCUCGAACCCUUGACCGACGGCCAGGUGUCUCAGACCGAUGAGGCCGAUAUGGAGAUGACCUAUUCGGAGCUAUCAGUGAUCGGAAAACUUCGAAAGCUGUCCAAGUGCGGCCCAUACAGCAUGUUCUGCAAGCUCAUUCACUCAUGGAAAGAAAGCUGUUCCCCUUCACAGGUGGCUACAAAAGUGAAGCAUUUCUUCUGGAUGUAUUCAGCCAACAGGCACAAGAUUACUACAAUAACCCCAUCGUACCACGCUGAGAACUGUAGCCCAGACGACAACCGCUUUGACCUCCGUCCCUUCCUCUACAACACAUGCUGGACUUGGCAGUUCCGCUGCAUUGAUCAUGAGAUUUCCUUAAUGGAGGCUGGAUAUGCAGAAUGCAUAUGAGGUCCUUGUGUUCUUCACAAUUAUUUUUUUAAGAUUCUGAUUUUAUUUGUCUGUGAAGAUUCUCAAUCAUCCAGGUCAUAGUAAACUGUGGGUGGUAGAAAUGGGCAACUGGACUUGCUUGAAGAUUCUUGAAAACGUUUCACCUCUCGUCCAAAAGGCUUCCUCAGUUCUGUCUGACUAAUAAGGAGUAUCAGAUAUUUAUCCUCUCCUGGAUCAGAAUCAGAAUUCUGAUGACCAGCUCAUCUAAGGCUACAGCCACACGACAACGGCAACGAGAUGUUAUUUAAAAAUAUAUCGCGUCCAAAUGGGCAAUAAUCAGUAAAAUAUCAGGUCAAUAUGGCAACGCAACACUUGCUGAAAAUGAUGCAAUACACAUGCCACACCUCUAGGGGCACUGUAAGACGGUCCCUUCGGAGACACCAGAACAAUAGAAGAAGUAACGACGCAUGCGUAUAAACUAUUAUGCACGAGACUUCAUAUUAGCCACAAAGUCAGGAAAAUCUGUUUGAAAAUUACAUUAUAAUGACCAAAAUACAAUGAAAAGUAUUUUUCCAGUCUCACCUGUGAAAGGUAAUCCCAUGUGAUCUCGUUUGGACAGAAAACCUGUUGGUACAGUUAAACGCAGCUAAUCUUUAUUCUCCGCUUUGACCUAUCCAAAAUGGCGGCGAGGAUGACGUAUGAUUCUACGCGGAAGGCGGCGUCUUCAAUGGUCCGGAAUAAAUUGAAUGAUACACGAUGGAUUAAUUUGUUGUUUCUCACCUGUGGCAAAUUUGGGCAAAUUAUCAAUAAAAAUUCAAUUUUGUAUCACUGCUAUGCAGAUGAUACCCAAAUUUAUUUUGCUCUAUCACCAAAUGACUAUGCCCCCCUUGAAUGUCUCUACCAGUGCAUCGAUCAAAUCAAUAGCUGGAUGUCACAAAAUUUUCUUCAGCUGAACACAGAUAAAACAGAAGUAAUUCUAUUUGGAAAAAAAGAUGAAAGACUCAGGAUUACCACUAUUCUUGACACAAAAGGGAUUAAAACUAAAGAAAUGGUUAAUAAUCUUGGUGUUUUCAUUGACAGCGAGCUAAACUUUGACAGUCACAUGAAAGCAAUCACUAAAACGGCAUUUUAUCACCUAAAAAACAUUUCCAAACUAAGAGGACUUAUGUCAAAAAAUGAUCUGGAAAAACUAAUACAUGCCUUCAUCUCUAGUAGGGUUGAUUUACUGCAAUGGCCUUUUCACAGGCCUGCCAAAAAAGACCAUCAAACGACUUCAGCUGGUUCAAAAUGCAGCGGCGAGGGUUCUCACACGAACAAAAAGAACAGAGCACAUUACCCCAGUUCUAAGGUCCCUUCACUGGCUUCCAGUAAGCUACAGAAUUGACUUUAAAGUAUUGCUGUGGUGUAUAAAUCUCUAAAUGGUACAGGGCCCAAUUACCUUUCUGAUAUGUUGCAGCGGCCUAACCCAAUCAGAUCUACCAGAUCGCAACAGAAAAAUUUACUAUUAAAACCAGUUGUUAAAACAAAGUGUGGUGAAGCAGCUUUUAGCUACUAUGCAGUACAUCUAUGGAACCAACUGCCAGAGGACAUUAAAAAUGCUCCUGCUGUUGGCAGCUUCAAAUCUAGGUUAAAGACCAAGCUGUUUUCAGAUGCUUUCUGUUAAAUAAUUAAUAUUUUUACAUUUUUUAUAAUCUUUACUUUCUCUGCAUGUUUUAAAUUUACUUUAAUUUUAUUCUAUUUUAUUCCGCUGGUUUCUUUUUCUUUUUCUCCUUUUUUCUUUUUGGCAUUUUAUUAUUUUAUUUCUACUAUAGUUUAAUUCUUAUUAUUUUCUUUUAAUUCUUUUAAUUAAUUGUUUUAGAUUAAAAAUAAAAUUAUUUUAUGUAAUUUUAUUUCUCUAUUGUUUACUGUUUUUGUUUUUGCUUCUGUAAAGCACAUUGAACUGCCAUUGUGUAUGAAAUGUGCUAUAUAAAUAAACUUGCCUUGCCUUGCCUGUGAAAGGUAAUCCCAUAUGAUCUCGUUUGGACGGUAAACCUGUUGGUACAGUUAAACGCAGCUAAUCUUUAUUCUCCGCUUUGACCUCUCCAAUAUGGCGGCGAGGAUGACAUAUGAUUCUAUGCGGAAGGCGGCGUCUUUAAUGGUCCGGAAUAAAUUGGAUUAAUUUGCUCCUCUACGCCCUUUUUGAGGAAUGUAUUGUCGGACUUAAAUCAACAUCUGAAGAGGUGAGAUCGCUCCUUUUUUCCCCUAUUUUUGCUGGCGGGAUUGCACCAUUACACAAUAAAUAUUCACAGUGAAAAUAUUUUGUAAGCGCGUUUCAUGAACCAAGUUAUAGGAUUUGUUGACAACUCGCAUCGCAAUGAGAAGAUCAUUGGCACUACUGGUGUUAAGAAUCAGACCAUUUCAUAAAUGAAUAUUUUGCUGUAGAGCUGCAGUGUUUGUACAAUUGCAUGUUUUUGCUUCACUAUUACUGUCACUAUUCUGCUUCUUGCAUUACUACUGUGAACUAACACUGAACAUAAUAAUAAUAAUAAUAAUAAUAUCCAAGCUCGUGUUUCACUCUCACUAGUGCUCUGUAAGGCUUUUUCCUGGUGAUAUCCUGGUGAUAUUCGUUACACUUUUACCCGGCGUGAAGCACUCACAGCCAUGUGGUUGUGACGUCAUCGUAAACAAAUCCGUUCUACUCAUCCAGACGACUUCACAACGGCAACGUUGCCAGAUCUUUCCACUCUGGAACCCGUUCUCAAAAAGAUUGCGUUUUGGGCACCCAAAACGCCGGUGCCGUGUGGACGCCAGGCCUAAACGAUAAGCAAUUGUAUCGGAGUCACCUGAAUCCGUUGCCGUGUGGACAGGGCCUUAGACCCCCACCUCUGUUCAGUGAUGGCCGUUCCAGGUUGACAAA